UUAUCCUAGUGGAUCUAUAAUUAAACGGAUAAACUAGUAUUAGCACAUCAAAAGUCAAUGAAAACAAAAAGUUAUUAUCAGGAGAGAGAGAAUGUAUUAGUGGUUAGCAGCAGUGUGCUAGUCGAUGGCCCCCUCCAUGAGGCCACCACAGCUCAGCAGAACGUCAUUGUAGCUUCUUCUGGGGAGAAAAACACUCACAGAGAAAAUAAAGUUAACAGCUGAAAUUGCACAAAAUAGUACAGUUAAAGAGCAGAUUGUAGAAGAAAGCAGUAGAGUGUGAAAAGUGGUCAGUGUGUCCUCCAGCAGCCUAAGCCUAUAGCAGCAUAACUACAGAGUUAACUCUGGAUAACCUAUCCUAUUUAGAUGUAGGCAUGUUGGAGGCGUGACCCAUCGUUUCCGGUUGCCUAACCCCCACCCUCUAAGAUUGCUGUGAACCAACCUUAACCAGAGUCUCUCCUCCCACAAGUGAACUCUGUCCCGCAGUCACCCACCAAGCGCUGCGGUCCAUAACAGACCCUAUCCCUAAUAACCCCUCAUUCCAGGAAGUAUGCCACAACCCCGACCAAUCUCAGAGAAACACUCUGGCAGUUUGAAUGCCACUACCAUCUCCACAUUGCGCCUCCACAGAGCACCCUUGGCUACAGCGUCUCAUUCGUUGUUGCCAGGGGUGGACUGGGACGAUAAAUCAGCCAUGCCAUUUUUAUGAACCGUCAGCCCCUCAGAGCAGGUGGUGGGGGUGGGGGAGGUGCUGCUGCUCGCAGACUUGUCUCUAUGCUGCCCAAUGUGUGAGCGGAAGGUCUUGUGUCAUGGGUACGCGACCCACCAGGAUAGUUCCAGAAUGACAGAUAGGCCACCCCCAGCUUUUUGCCCUCCACCCCCACAGGAACCCAAACAACCUCACACCCCAGAGCACCCAAUCUGCGCAGCAGCAACCUGAUGGAAGUCAGCAGGACAGGCGGACUUGGAGAAUGUUCCAGACGGUGCAACCAACAUAGCCAUCGAAUCAGAGGAAAUGACAGAGCGUGCUCCUCUACCCAACGCAGAGCUGCAACUAUCUCAGCCGUAUAAACAGAACAGCGGUCCCGUAUCUGACAAACUUAGCUAUAGUCUAGUUGAGGGAUAACCAGCCCCACCCCCACCCUGCCACUCACAGAGUCUGUCAGCUGCAGGUAGGAGCUCCACGCUGUCCCCAAAUACCACUGUGGCCUUCUUCUUCUUCUUCUGGGGGUUUAAAUGGCGGUUGGCACACAACGAAUGGUGCAUUACCACCACCAACUACUGUGGAGUGUGGUCUGGAAUAGUGCUCAAAAACACACACACACACACACAUAUAUAUACACACACACACACACACACAUACAUCAAAUUCUCCCAAACACCCUUAUCUCCUUCGAAAACUGAAAUAAAACCUGAAAACAGUCACUUUUUUAAUUCUGUCUCAAUAAAUCAAUAAGGUCGAGUUUCACUUUCAUCCGACUAAGAAUUUGAAUCAUUUUCCUCCUUUCUGCCUGAUGUUUCUGACAUUGUAACAUAACAUGACCUAUAGUUUACCACUGUGGCCUUCACAGAACAGGUGUAUUUAUAAUGAGACUAAAUGAGAUGCAGGUGAAUGCUAUUAUCUAAGCAGGUGACUUCUGAAGGUGAUUGAUUCCACCUGUUUUUUUUAGAGUGGAGUACAGGCUCCAUCCUUGUCAGUCGCAUCCUCGGGCAAGACACUUCACCCUGCUUGCCUGCUGGUGGUGGUUGGUGGCAUCUGGGUGUGAUCUUACUGUCUACUUCACCACCAACGGCUCACAUAUUUCCCCUGAUGCCUCAACUUUGAUAGGUUCAGUCAGACCACAGGACAGUUCAGCAGCCCCCACUUCCUCAUCGAGAAUCGAAGCAGAGCAACACGAGUUUCCUGUGACGCCAUCGUGUCUCCGGUGAAUUAGUACACACAUCACUCCUCCACGUACAUCAGUUCGUCGAGAAACUCUCCGCGUGAAGAUCUGACUGCACUCAACAACAAGUCAGACCCGAUCUACGGAUGUGAUGCUGUUUUCAUGAGGUUGGAGACAUUUCAGGACAUAAAGCCAUGCUGCAGCAGCCAGAGCUCAUCUUUGACUUCGCCAGUGACCAUUUCAACCUAUCACAGAUGGGGGGUUAUUCAGACUGCCCUGCUGUAAUCGUGGAGCAGGUUCCCCAUCCACACCUGCACACCUUUGCAGGUUUAUUGUGUGAAGAGCCAGAGACAGAAGAUCAACAGCACCUGCUCAAAGUGGAGCCAUGUGAGAGUGGCGAGGAAGAGACCAUGGAGACACUCGUUGCUGCUGACUCACUUCUGACCAUGGACUGUGUUGACACCCUCUCCCUGGAGCAGCACUACUCCCAGACCUUCUUGCCAUCACUGGGCGACGUCAUCACCACUCCUGUUGCCCAGGUAACCGUGUCGGCCGAGGGGGUUGUGGGAGCUGUUGACCAGUCCCAGUGGCACCCGUUGCACAAGGAGAAGCCUGCGGCACAGCUGCAGACCAAAAGGAGAAAUAAAAAACCUAGGCAUCGUAAGGCAGAGUCUCCAACACCAGACAUCAAAGUAAAGAAGGACAAAUACAACAAAGGAGGAAACACCCUUUACCUGUGGCAGUUCCUGAUGGAGUUGCUUCAGGACAGACAAGUCUGUCCCCGUUUCAUCAAGUGGACCGAUCCACAGGCUGGGAUCUUCAAGCUGGUUAACUCAAAGGCAGUGGCGAGGCUCUGGGGCAAACACAAGAACAAACCAGAUAUGAAUUAUGAGACAAUGGGGAGAGCUCUCAGGUACUACUAUCAGAGGGGCAUCCUGAACAAGGUAGAAGGCCAGCGCCUUGUUUACCAGUUUACUUCUCUUCCCAAAGACAUGAUUUAUAUCACAGACAGAGAUGGGAUCAAAGAGGAAGAAGAGGACAGUCGUGAAAACAGUGAGAAUGAUGAAGGUGCCAGUGAAGAUUCUGAUAGUACCGUAUCUAGUGGCCAGUCUGAGGAGGAAGAGGAGGAGGAGGAGGAGGAGGAUUCCCAGCCACCGCAAAAGAAAUUUCUCUCUAACCGCGUCACACCUGCACAGCGGACCAGGGCCACUCCCAGGCCUGUUCAGAGAGACACCGUCCUGCAACCUCCCAGCACCAGUUUGAUCCAGGAGAAGCAUCUGCCCAUCGUGUCUGCUGAGAUGCUGCGGACUCUCCAGAACCUGCACAAGGUCCAGUCCCUACAGCCGGCCGGUCAGGCAUCCGUCUUCAAAACGGCGCAGCUGCUGGGGAGUCUGUGUGAGCGUCAGGCUGCGUCAGAGCUGGCUGUAGACAGGAAAGACACCAAAGACACACAUGCACUGGAACCAGAAGCCUCCGCACCUUCUGCAGACACACACUCUGCCUGCACUGCCUCUCAUGGAGCCUGGUUUAGGUUGAAAUGACAGCACUGUACUCCUCUUUGCCUUUUCUACUCUUAUUUUAUUAUCAGUCACAUGCUGAGUCAUUCCUUUGCCUUAAAAGCACCUUUGCACUAAUAUUUACUCCUGCUGUACUUUUCUUCUUGAAGUGCCUCCAAAGUUCAGCCCUGUCUCUUGUUUCCUUUGUGAUAGUCUUGAUGGUUUUUGAGGGAAAACAUUCCACAUUAUAUUAUUAUUGUUGUUGUUUAUGACUGUAUCAUAUUUGUAUGUUAAAAACAAGGGAUCAUGUUUGUUUCUAGACGAUUACUGCUGUUUAAUGUUUUUGUAUCUAUGCCAUGGGCCUUUUUGUGUUGACAAUCACCACUACAAGUGGGUUAUUUGGACGUUUUACCUCCUAAAGUCUUUGCAUUGUCACUAUUGUUUCUGCUAUGCAUGCAGCCCGUUUAGAUGUUGCACAUAUGCGAGUCUCAUACAACACGCUGAAGCCUUACUAUCUCCAGACGUUGUAUGUUAAAUAUUAAAUGUGUAAUAAUACUUGUACUCUGCUGCCACUUUCCCCCUCAGGUGUGUAACUUUUUGUGCUGUAACGACUGAAUUCAAUCCACGGAGUAAAACGGCUGCUUCUUAAUAAUGAAGUUAUUAGUUGUUUGUUUACUCCUGCCCUGGUCUUAAUUUAGCUCCACAAAGCUAGAUUUCAAAGUUCACCUCACUCCACAUGAGAAUGACACUAGUCAGGCUGAACUUGGUUAGAAAAUGCUUCUCAGUGGUCGUGCCUUUACUCACAGGGAGCCUGUAUGCAAAACCGCUUUCCCUUCAUUUAUCUUAUAUCCUGUGGUCAUGCUGUCUCUCAAGGCUGGUUUGAUGUUUGGGACAAGCUUGUAGCAGGACAUGAGUUGGACAUUUGCUUGUGCACAGUUCAGAGGUUUUUGCAAUAAAAACUUUAUUUUUCUGUGUGAA